AUGUUUCAAUCAAAUUUUGCACUUUAUCAACAUCAGUCUCAUCGGUUCUAUGGAUAUACUGGUAUUGGAUCGUACUAUAUAUCACAUUCCAUGUAUACUGUAUCGAUUGAUCAAAUCGGUACAAAUAAAACAAUUCAACAGUAUACAUUGCGUCCUUUCCAAUUGAAUGUAAGUGUUGCUGAAUAUAUCGGUGUUGGUUUUGGUAAAACAACAAGUGGUAGUCCAUAUCAACUGAUGUCAAUCAUGCAUAUUUAG